UUAUAACAGUUCCAGAGUUUCAUUACUAAUACAAUCAUAGACAACAAAGUUGUUUUAAAUUUUAAAGUUUGACGUUUACAAUAUUUACAUUUCCCUUUCUUGUGGUUUGUUUAUUGUUUUGCUAGAGAUGACAGCAACCAACUGAAGAAAACAAUGGGGAAUUUCUCUGUUUUGAAAUGCAUUCUUUUGUUGUGUAAUUUAUUAUAUAUUCAGUGUCAGUUACCAAUUAAUCAAGAUGUAGAAGAUCGAAUUACUGAAGAAAGUCUUCCUUUAAUAUUGAAGUUUUUAAACGAUGACGUUGAAGCAAAAAUUAGUUAUAAUUCCGGAAAGAUUAGACAAUCUUUGUUGAAGGGUGAUAUUUUAGAGGUAGAUAUCACAGCUGAUGUAACAUGUAAAUUUCCAAAUGAACAGUGCAACUACGAGAGUGCAGAUUGUAGUGGUCUACUGUUUGUUAAGCCAAACGCAAUACCACAGGUGAUUUCUGUCGAUUGUAAUCCAAACUCCCCUAUCGAGGAACCAAUUGCUCUUCCUGUGAAAGAUGAAUAUUGUGAAGGAUGUUUUGUUGAUGUUAAUGUUGAUGGAGAAGGUGUUGAACAAUUGGCAAAUAACGUAAUACAGCAUGUAGAAUCUGAGAAAGGAAAGAAAUACAUAUUGAUUGAAGUUCUGAAGGUGCAACAACAGGUGAUAAAUGGUGUGAAUUUCAUGAUAACAGUCCUCAUUGGUCGUCCACCAAGUGUUUGUGAUCCACUUCAGAAAUGCGAAAGGGACACGAAAGAGGAUAUGUACUGCGUCGUCAAAUUUUUCCAAGAACCAGGUUAUUACGCACCCAAAAACAUAAUCUCCAACAAUUGCACGCAGACACAAACUUUCAUACCGGUAAUGCCCAAGUACCAAUCUAACGAUAUUAAUAAAAUAGAUUCGGGAGACGGUAAAAUGGAUUACAAGGGAAAAUAUCCUCAUGUUAAGAGAACGGAGCUGAGCGAGAACGAUAUCUUGAAAGAAAUUAUUUCGCAAAUAAUACCGUCAGAUGAAUUCGUAUCUAAAUCUACAAACCCAGGGAAAACGAUUGAAACAUCUUCUGCCAACAAUCUACCGGAUGAAAGUAGUCCAUCCAUGAUUUCAUCAAGCACGUUUCAAGAGGUAUUAGCAACGGAAGAUGAGCCAAUAUCAGUUGGUACAGAUACAUUUUUGAAUCAAGAUAAAACGGCAUACUCGUCUGUAUCGGCAGAUACUUUUGCAAAGGGAACUUCAACAAUUGAUGACAAUCAACAAAUGGCUCUGCAACAAACAGAGGAUAAUACGCGGGUAACUUCUGAAUCCACUGCUUUCAAAGAAGAGGGAGCUAUUUUAAACGCAGAUAACUCGGACAUGUUUACAAGACAGAAAAGAAGUUUGGUGGGUGGAAAGAAAGUAAUAGAUGUUAGUAACCCAAAUAUAAAGGAAUAUACAGGAGAAGCCGUCGAUUAUUUGAAUACUAAACUGAGUAAAGGUGAUAGUAGACUUAAAAUUGGAAAAAUUCUAUCGGCGACUUCACAAGUCGUAUCCGGAGUUUCUUAUGAUGUCAAAGCUGAAUUGGUAGAUUGUUCAGGUGAAGAAAAUUCCGUUGAAAAUUGUGGGACCGUUCCAAAAUUGUGCGAUAUAAACAUCUGGUACCGCCCAUGGAUGAAUAGCAGAAUCAUCACAAUUAAAUGUGAUGGGCAAACUUAUACCGUUGACACAUUACAGACAAAAAAUCGACGAAAAAGAGAGUCCUUGGUUGGUGGCUGGACUAAAAAAGAAACCGAUAACCCGAAAGUGACGGAACAUUUGGGAAAUCUUCUGAGCAAUUUAGAUUCACAAUCUGGAAUGGACAAUAAAUUGAAGAUUAAGGAAAUUAUAUCAGUUUCAACUCAAGUGGUUGCCGGAACCAAUUGGCUCAUAAAAGCUAGAGUUUCACGAUCAGAUUGUUCGAAAACAGAUAAUAAAGAAGCUGCUCACUGCGGCGAGGACAAGGAUUCCUUUGAAACAUUAUGCAGUUUUAAGUUCUGGGAAAAGUUACCCGAUGAGAACAGAGUGAGGAAGUUAGAUAAUGUUGAAAUUAAAUGCGAUGAACCCAAAUUGAAUUACAGAAGUAAACGAGAUGUUCAUUUGAGGAAAAUCCGACAAAUACUUAUUGGGGGACACAAUCCACUCUCUACCGACGAUCCGAGAAUCACAAAACAUCUAGAACACUUGUUGCCACAAUUGGAUUCUCUAUCAGAUAAAGAACACAAAUUGAAAAUAAAAAAUAUAAUCUCCGCGACAAGUCAAGUAGUAGCAGGAACAAACUGGAAUAUAAAGGCUGGUGUUUUACUUUCAGAUUGUAAAAAAUCAGAUGACAAAUCGUCAUCAGACUGCGGCACCAAUAAGGAUUCGUACGAAACCAUUUGUAACUUCAAAUUUUGGGAAAGACUCCCCGAUAAAACCGGAUUACGAAAACUAGAUAAUGUCGAGAUAAAUUGUGAAGAUUCCAAAUUGAAUUCAAGGGGUAAAAGAGAAAUUCGUGACGUGAAAGCAGGGCAAAAUACCUACGAUUUUGAACCUCGAAGAGAUGUUCAGGUUCCAGGAGGUCAAUUGAACGUCGACGAAAAUGAACCGGAAAUUUACGAAUUCAUAUCCGAAAGCUUGAGACAUAUGGAUUUGAAUUCUCCUCAUGAUAAUAAGUUUAAAAUGAAGGCAAUCCUUUCAUCGACCAGACAAGUCGUCUCAGGAUAUUUGUGGAACAUCAAAGUUGCUAUUGUUCUUUCAGACUGCAAUAAAAAUGAUGAAACAGACUGGGCUCUAUGCAGUGAACUACCGGAAGCUGAACCAAAGAUUUGUUUGAUAAAAGUUUGGAACAGGCCUUGGCUCGAGCAAGAUCAUAGAAUCAAUAUUACUUGCGAACAUCAAAAGAAUGGAUAUUUCUUCAAGUCUAAGAAGUCGUUGUCAUCUGGUCCAAAAAUGAACUACGAAUUACAUCGUGCUGCUUUCGAAGAAUUCGAAAAAACCUACAAUAAACAGUAUUCCAGUCCAAGAGAACGUCUUCAUAGAUUCUCAAUUUUUUCAGAGAAUAUGUUAAAGAUAGAACUUCUCAACAAACAUGAACAAGGUACUGGAAUUUAUGGACCGACGAAGUUUGCUGAUCUGUCGCAUGAUGAAUUCUCGAAGAUGUUAGGAUACAGACCAGAUCUCAGAAGUGAAAAUGAGAUUGAUUUUUCAGAAGCUAACAUCCCAAAUAUAGAACUGCCCGAUUCUUUCGAUUGGAGGGAAAAGAAUGUUGUUACAAAGGUGAAAGAUCAAGGAUCUUGUGGAAGUUGCUGGGCCUUCAGCGUCACUGGUAACGUGGAAGGGCAGUAUGCUAUCAAAAACGAUAAAUUGUUGGAGUUUUCCGAACAAGAAUUGGUAGAUUGCGACACUGUGGAUCAAGGUUGUAAUGGGGGCCUUAUGGAUAAUGCUUACAGACAAAUUGAGAAACUGGGCGGUUUGGAAGAAGAGAAAGACUAUCCUUACGAUGCGAGAGAUGAGAGUUGUCACUUGAAUAAGACACUAGUGCGUGUUGAGCUCGCUGGUGCGGUGAACAUAAGCCAGGAUGAAACUGAGAUGGCCAAAUGGUUGGUGAAAAACGGACCUAUUUCCAUUGCCAUCAACGCCAAUGCCAUGCAAUUCUAUAUGGGUGGAGUGUCUCAUCCAUGGAAAGUAUUAUGCAAUCCGAAGAGUUUGGAUCACGGAGUUCUAAUUGUUGGAUAUGGCGUGCAUACUUAUCCCAAAUUCAAAAAAUCACUUCCAUACUGGAUUAUAAAGAACUCCUGGGGAAAAUCUUGGGGAGAACAGGGAUACUACAGGGUAUACAGAGGAGAUGGUACAUGCGGAGUAAAUCAAACUCCAUCCAGCGCCAUUUUGAAAUAAACACAAAUAAUAAUAAUUUUUUGCUCUCUAGCGAAGUUCGCUUGAUAAUAAUCCUAGGAAGUAAAUUAUAUGUAAGUAACAAAAUUAUAAAAUUUUUAGUUACGAUCAAAAUUGUUUAACUUGAUUUUAUUGACUGUAUAGAGAUAUUCUAUUUAUCUUAUAUGUUUUUAAAGAGUUUAUGACAAUGUUAACCAUAGAAAAUAUAUAAAAAAAAGUUAAUCCAA